UCAUACAAAUCGGAGUAAAAGAGAGAAUCAUUGUGAUUCAAUAGAACUUUGGGUCAGAUUAAAAUUUUAAACAAGAACCGCAGGUGUCGAAAAUACUCGACCUUUCGCGGCAGUUCCGAAAACAUCGUGAACUCACAUGGUAUAUUAUCCCCGAGUAUGCUGAGUAUCGAUCCGAUAAACUCAGCACAAAACCUGCGCAUUACGCAGUGGUCGACUAAUGUCCGAAAACAAACCAGAAUAUUCGUAUCUUACAGCGAUACAAAAUGCAUCGUAAACAAGAUCCGAACCUUACGAAAUAUAGUAAAAACUCCACACGGAAGUAUUUAUACCCAGGUGAUGUCGGCCGAUGGGGUUUCACCGAAUUUCGAACGAUGCUUGGCCGACCAGCCCGGAGAAGAUGAUGUUCAGCAAAAAUUGUUGGAAGCUCACUUACAUCAGAACUGGCUUCAUAUCGUCUUGACGAGGUCAUUAGCCCUUGCUGUACUUGUGGGAAUCAUCGCCGUGGGCACUUCGCUCCUGAAGUCAGGUAUUUCACUUCCUGAUGCCCACACUCCACCCACGCUUGUUCCUCCGGACACUGAAGAAUGGCAGCCACCUUCCUGGAGCAAACUCAAAGUUUUUCGUAAAGGUGCAAUAUGCGUGGAUGCGGAACCAUGUGCUCUAAUUGGAAGAUCGAUGCUGCAGCGGAAUGGAUCUGCCGUCGACGCCGCUUUGGCAACGAUGAUUUGCAACGGUCUAAUUAACAUGCAGAGCAUGGGCUUCGGUGGAGGUUUUCUCAUGACUGUCUACGACAGGGCGAACCGGCAAGCUGUCACUCUCGAUGCGAGAGAAUCAGCGCCUCGUGCUGCCCGUUCCGACAUCUUCGACGAUCUACCGGUCCUCGCGUCACAAACUGGACCCUUAGCAAUAACGGUUCCUGGUGAAUUGGAUGGAUAUUGGAAAGCGCAUCAACGUUUCGGGAAAGUUCCAUGGUCUGAACUCUUUAAACCAAGUAUAUCGAUCUGCGAAUCUGGGUAUAUCAUGACAAAAGCUCAGCAUGAUGGACUUCUAAUAAACAGCGAGGCCAUCAAGAAAGACCCCACGCUGAGGUCUUGGUUCGUCGAUAGCAAGACGGGAAAAUUUCUUGUUCCUGGAUCCCUCAUACGCCCCUCUCAACUUUGCAAAACAAUGCGGCUCGUCGCGAUUGGCAACGCAACGGAAUUUUACAAUGGUAGUUUAAGUCGUAUACUAAUACAGGAUCUCAGGAUACGAGGGAGUAUCCUGACGGUGGAGGAUCUUACCCUGUACAGAGCUAAAUGGGCAUCCCCAAUUUCUACCAAGCUUUCCACCGGUGAAACGCUCCACACUGUUGGACCACCCGGUGGAGGAGCAAUACUCGCUUUCCUUCUCAACGUUUUGGAUGGGUACAGAUUCGGACCGUCAAGCCUCUCAACUCAAAACGUGACGUUGACCACAUAUCAUAAAAUAAUCGAGGCCUUCAAGUUCGGAUUCGCGUUACGCACCAAAUUAGCAGACCCCGCAUACGUCGACCUGAAAAAUCUACUCGGAAAUCUGACCUCGAGAAGUUACGCUGAGGAAAUAAGAACCCGUAUCAGUGAUCGUGAGACGUGGAACGAUCCGAGGCGAUAUGGAGAAUUCGCGCCCCAGGCUAAAAACGACCAGGGAACCUCUCACGUAUCGAUAUUAGCACCGAAUGGCGACGCUGUCUCUGCAACCAGCAGCAUCAAUAUGUAUUUCGGCAGCGGCGUAGCGAGCGAACGAACUGGAAUCCUGAUGAGCAGCACCAUGAACGACUUCGGGGUGAUUAAUCGUGAAAAUUAUUUCGGAUUACCAGCAAGUCCCAACAAUCUUGUAGAGCCAGGAAAAAGACCACUGUCCUCGAUGUCCCCUAGUAUUCUCGUUGAUCAGGAAGGCGACGUUCGAAUGGUAAUCGGGGCGGCAGGAGGAACAAAAAUCAUCACCUCGAUUGCUUUCGUAAUCGCCAGGCAUUUAUGGAUGAAGGAGACGAUAAAAGAAGCCGUCGAUGCGGCGAGGAUUCACCAUCAAUUACGACCCAUGGAUGUUUCCUACGAAUAUGGGGUGCCGAAGCGAGUGAUUGACGGCUUGAUUUCCAUGGGGCAUAAGACAUCGCGUUAUCGAGAUCGCGGAAGCGUUGUUUGUGCGAUUGUGAGGCUUAAUGGCACAAUCUAUGCGAAUGUCGACUACCGCAAGGGAGGUGAUGUCCUCAGCCUAGACUGAAACAACGUUGACAAUAUUAAUAGCAAGAUAAAUCGGGAGCGAUAUUUUUAUUUCGAUUUCAAUAGGAAUUCGGGUCUCAUUCGACCAUCAAAAAGUCCGAUGCGAAUUGACCCAGUUUAACACAUCUGCUUCGAUUAUCUUAUCCUCUGUUCAGAUCGGGGUAUCUACUUCGACCCUGAGUUCGACGUGGAUGUGAUACAAUAUAGUGUAUGUAUAUACAUAAAUAUUAGAGGAGACAAUACGCGAAUAAAAUUGCAAUAAAAUGUACCAGCAAAAUUUUGUAGUCCAUAACACUUGCAUUUAACGAUGUCUAAGUGCAACACCAGCGCUGCUAUAGCAAUGCACUUAAUAAUAAACCGCAAAGUUGUGCGAUAAGGGUGUGGAUAAGAUUAUUUAGACGUUGUUCAAGUUGUCGUUAUGCGUGGUAAAUGAAACUGCCAAUAACAAUUUUCAGCGUAGCUUGCAAAUUUCGCGAUUAUGAUAAAUAAUCAUCAUCAAUUUUCAACAUUCAGCAUUUGAAUGAAUUCCAACGAUAUUUCAAGUUUCUCUCUCUGUCAGAAUCCAGAUAACCCAGCAAAGUGUACGAUAUUUCAAAUUUGUCACGUAUUGCUGAAGAUAACGACGUUUCUACAUUCAAAAUAAAUACUUCACCGCAAAAAUUUUUAUAACAAAAAAAAAGAUAGAAAAUGGUAUCACAUAUGUUUUUGGUUCUUCGUUCCCCACUUUCAAGCGGUACAUAUUUCUAGCUGUGAAUAAUUGCAAUUUGAUACGCGAUACUGAAAUUCUUAGAAGUUGAGGUGUAAUCAUUUUGAUUGUAUAUACCGAGGUGUAAAGGAAACAAUUUAAUUUAAACAGCUGUAGCCGAAUAUUAGUUCUCAAACAAAUGUCUCUGCAGCUCAAUAUGUAUGCGUACGGCUAUAAGCACAGCUUAAACAGGUUUGAAGAAUUAUUCAUGAACUUUGUUUUGAAACACCAUCUAGUAUAUGUUCCAUAGUUGAGAGAGAUAACUAUAACAGUAUACAUAGAAUAAAAACAUCAUCAUAUGAAGAGUCGACUACAAUAAUGAUGAACGUCCAAAAUUAUUUUAAUUCUAAGUAAGUACCUCAUUCGGACAUUUGAUUGAAAAUUUGACGAAUGACGUGCAUACUUAGAAUUAAAAUAAUUUUGGACAUUCAUCAUUAUUGCAAUGAACCCUUCAUAUCAUACCACAAAUUUUUUCGUCCCUUUUACACCUAGUCAUUUCCGAACGAGCGACAAGAAUCAUAAUAUUACCGAUUAAGAUAUAAGCGCAGUCUUCAAAUCUUUGCAACGUAAUACAUAUAUUUUGAUUACGAGUAGAUAAACGUAUAAAACAUGACGUUAUCUUUCCGCUCUCAGAACAACAACAACAACAAAAUACCGAAGUCGAAGAAAUUUUGACAAAAGAUAUAAAAAUACAAGUGUGUAUGCGAUCGAUCAAUACGUACGUAUAAUGUUAAUUGUGAAUCACCAAGCAUAUUCACAGAUGUCUUACCAUUGGGCUGUGAUCAGGCCUUCUGCGACAGAAAAUAAGUUUGAAAAGAGGAGAUAUACAUAUGUAUUGCCGGACGAGGAAGAUGGACGUACGUGUGUGCGUUAUGUGUUAUUGAUUCUUCCAACCAAUCAUCGAUUGAUUUCACAUUGUUUGAUUUACCUAUGACACAUUGACCGUAUUGUAUUGCAUCAGAUACAGUUGCCCAAGUCAAAGUAACUUAUAAAAGUUAACACAAAAGUGAAUAAAAUACUAUUGAAAAAAGUUAAACAAAGUAAGAUCUAUCUCGCAGUUAUACACACAUUGAGCAGUCCAAUAGAAAAUCGAGGCUGGCACGAGUAGAUGCGCGAGUUUCUGCGCCGAUAUAAAAGCCGCUGGUUUGUCCGUUCGCGUCGCAGUAUCGAGCGGAUCGUCCGUUUAAAAUCACUGCGUUGUUCGAGCAAGAAACGAGAAAUUUCUCACCUCAAUUUUCAUUUAUCAAUCGCAAAUCGUUUUGCGCUUCGUACGUUGCAUUUGUAAGGAAAAAGUUAACAAAUUAAU